GCUAAGACUGCUGCUACCACUACAACCACCACUUCUGGGCCCCAAUCCUCUAGCAUUGCAAGUACAGCAGACUCUUCUGUUGAUACUACACACCCUAAGGAUCAUCAUUUGGGAAGAGAUGCAGACAUCGGCCCAGGUGCGGGUGCAGGUGCCGCCGGCCCUGGAGAGCAUGAGCAUCCCAAGCGUGCCAGUGAGUAUUAUCCACACGAAAUCGUCCAAACUCAUGACUUGGGAACUACUUCCGCCGCCCCAUCUUCAACCAAAGAUCCUAGCCUACUUCCUGGACCAGCUCCUAACACGGCAGGACCCCACAAGAAAGAUUGGAUGAACAAGCUCGAUCCAUUUGUCGAUUCUCAUCCUUCCUCAAAAACAGCCGAUUCAGAUCAUCCAACAAAUGAGUCAGAUACUGUAGCAAAAUCAAGCCAUGCAGCUACCACCGGACAAUCCAUGGCGACUACCUCAGCGACCUCAAAUGAACCUCAGUCUUCAGUUGUUGACAGUAACACUUCGGGGGAUCACCAUUACGGCAGAGACGCCGCCAUUGCGGGCGGCGUUGGAGGGGCAGCCUACAGGGCCGAGACGCAUCACCAAAAGAAUGAGAUGAAUGAGCCAAGUGCCAGUACUCUAGCAAAUCCAAGCCGCACAGCCACUGGUCAGUCAACCGCAGCAACAACCACAACGACAUCUGGAGCCAGCUCUUCCAUUCCUGAUACCAACACCUCGAAGGAUCACCAUUAUGGUAAAGAUGCAGUGGUUGCAGGAGGAGUUGGACGCGCCGCCUACGAAGUCGAGAAGCAUCACAAGCAUGACAGGGACCUCACACAAGCCGAGAAAGAUGCCAAAAAGGAACAUAAGCACGAUGUGAAGGAAGCAAAGAAGGAACUCGAGAAUGGAGCGAAGAAAAAAAAGGAGCGUGAGGAUAGCAAGGGUGGUCUUUUAGGUUUCCUCCACCGAGACAAGAAUAAGAAAUACACCCCAGAUGAAGAAGCCGAAUUCAGUCGUCAAGAACGUGAGCAUAACUCAUCUCACAAAGAACGCAAUACGGCCACUGCGGGAGCAGCAGCAGGUGCGGGUGCGUUGUACUCGUCUGAUAAGCAUCACUAUGCUGGGCAGACUCCUACUACCAACCCAUCCCCCUCGACAGCUCCGAGAACCACCAGCAACAGCAUGGCGAUAACUCAGCGUGCCGCGACAAGUGAUGCCAUAUCUUCAAGUCAUCGUUAUAGCAAAUCUCAUUCAGGACCUACUCCUCUUGCGGAGAAACCGAAAGGAAAGGACAUUGGUGAUAUAUUGCACGGUGCAGAACGAAACCGUGGUGUUCCUGGGUCCUCGGGAUAUCCGGGUUCAGAAGGCUUCGCGACGGGGAUUGGUGGAGCACUCGCUGCGAAGGAAGCUCCUCAAUCCUGUAAAUCAGAAGCAACUACAGAUCAAUCAGGUGCUUCCUUACCUGUGGACCCAAAACCUGAGCUUGGUACACACCUCGGGGUACAACUGCAAACGACGGAUUCUGAUUAUGCAGCUGACGAAAACAAUCAUCAAACGGGAGAGUAUGAUGGUAUGGGAUCUGGCUCGGGUCUCACUGGGCCUUGUCAGAAUGAUCACAGCUAUAAUAGUCGGACUUGACGUCACGCUAAAGGGGCCCUUCCCUUUAGUCGGGGAAAGCGAGUUGGCCCGCGAAAGCGAGAUGGCCCGCGAAAGCGAGAUGGCCCGCGCCAAAUAAAAUCCUUAAUAACUUGAAACAUUAACCUUUUUAAAUAAUUCUAAGUAGUAGAAUUAAAAAU